AUGGCAUUCCCUUCGAUACAAAUACUCGCUGUGAUAUGCGCCAUCUUUCCGCCGUUUGUGAGCACUUUGAAGAUAUGGGAUACCCCAGCUGCUCUAGGAACUCUCAUUCCAGCCGGAUGUCGGGCAGCUCUGACGACGAACAUAACAUGCCCGGGAAAGCUGAUCACCGCCGCUGAGAUUGUGAACCAAGUGCCCCAGAACGAAACAUUUCUUGAGCAGUACUGCGAGCCCGCCUGCAGAGACUCGCUCCAGAGCUUCGCUACACUGGUUAACACUCGCUGCGGAGACACCGUGUACUCGUUUGGCAACUACACGAAGCAGUCUGGCAAUGCCAUCGCAGUCCCCUUGUUGUGGUCGCAAGAUGUCGCGUGUCUAGAGGAUUCGACGACCCAUUCACUAUGCCUGCCAUCAAUCACCAACCAUACUAUCGAAGCCUGCGAUGACUGCACGCUGAAGUAUCUAUCUGGUCUGUUGAACUCUACAUAUGGGCACCGGAGAGUCCGUGAGAAUUCCUUCUCCUCGCUUGCUUCAUCCUGCAGCGUGGACCCAACGGCGUAUCCGCAUGGAACCGUGACAUUUCCCCCGGCGCCUACCAGCACGGCCAAUUCAUCCGCGCCAUGUCUGGGCACCGAGUACACCGUGGCCGAAGGCGAUACCUGCGAGUCGAUUGCCGAAGCAAACCAUCUUGCAUACUAUCGACUUUUGAGCGACAACGGAAUUGACCUAAACUGCGAGAGCCUCGCUGUGGGAAACACUUUGUGUGUGGGAGACAGCUGCACACUCCACACGGUGAGGAACCCACCCCUGUCAAUACCUCGUUGCUCAAGUGAUUUCCACGUCGCUGAAACCCUUCUCCAGGUUGCGGCCAACGAGACCUGCAAGGACAUUCUCGCCGAUCAAGACUUCACCAUCACCGAGCUGCUAGCGUGGAACCCGAUCAUCCACACCAAGUGUGAUAAUCUCGCGAGCUUGGUCAACCGUACGAUCUGUGUCUCCCCCCCGGGGUCCGACGACUGGGACAUCCCCAUCACGGUGAGCUACAACGAUACCUGGACGUUGCCAACGGGCGACUGGGCUCCGCUGCCUUCCGCCACCGAGGCGUCCAAUGUGACUUACUGUGACCCGCACGCUUUGGGCAGCAUUGGUACCGUCACCGCAACGGCGAACGUUACCUAUUCAAGCCUGGGAGCGUCGCGGAUUACGGACUGUCCGGUGGUCGACCAGGAUAUCGAGAGGGGGUUCGAUUUGGCCUUGUUGCCCGAGGAUUGCAGCAGCAGCAUGGAGCCUUACUGCACGCCUUUUCUUGACGAGCCGGCGCCGCCGUCGACCACUUUCGCUUCUAGCUGUCUGCCUAGCGUGAUUAUGGGGUGGUAG